CGGAGCGGCAGUAGCGCGCGAUCUGCCGCGGCCGGCCGCCGUACGCCGUACGCGCGCACAACGAACGAACGACCCGCACUCCCGCGCACACGAUUACCAAAGCGAAUUGUCGCAGUUGACGAUACCGAGCCGCCCUUUAACACUAACUGAGCCAUUGGAAUUUCUUUUCGCCCGACGACUAUUCGAGUGCACUGAUCAAAAUUUAAUCCCAAUUAAUAUUUAUUUGCGAGGGCGGAUAAUAACGAAUAAAUCGACUAACUAACUCGAACCGCACGAAGGUGUCGCGUCGCAAAAAGCGCAACACAAUAGAGUAAGCGUCUAAUUAUAAACGUGGUUGUGUUAGCACCGCCGAGAUGCAGAACAUUGAUCCACUGGAGUUCGCCAACAUGCUGGCCACUGAGUUGUGGUGCCAACAGUUGGCAAACCUUGAGGGCCUCCAGUCGGGGGUCCCAACCCGCACCACGGCGACCAUAACGCCCACGCAGUUGCGCAACUUCGAGCAGACCUAUAUCGAGUUGAGCAACUGUCGCAGUGAGCAGAGCAACCACGCAGGUUUCGUGCCGCCUUCCGUCACGCAGACCAACAAUUACGGCAUCCUGAAUCCUGUGGGUUACUGUGACUCGGGCCCGACGACUCUGCAUGUGUCGCCGGGCCCACUCUCAGCUAGCGGUGACAGCAGCAGCAGUCCUGGCCUUCCAGCGCCGAAGAGACGUAACAUGGGCGGACGUCGACCGACUAAGGCUCCCCAGGACAUCUCACCGGAGGAGGAAGAACGAAGAAAAAUACGCCGAGAGAGAAAUAAAAUGGCAGCCGCUCGUUGUCGCAAACGAAGACUGGACCACACCAAUGAACUGCAAGAAGAAACAGACAGGCUCGAAGAGAAAAACCAGGCAUUCAAAGACGAAAUCCGCAAAUUAAAUGCCGAUGUAGACCAAUUGCAGGCGAUAUUGCGCAACCACCUACCCCUUUGCGGACUCGAGAAGAGGUCGACUAGUCCACCAGACGUGAAGCCGUUUCAAGACCCCUACGAGUAUCCAGAGAUGCCAGAAGACGGUGUCAGAGUUAAAGUGGAGGUUAUGGAUCCCGUAGUAGACCCCGUCCUUGGGUUAGAUAAUGAUAUCUUCGCCUCGCCGACGCCGGACAAAAGGAUAAUGCUGUCGGCGGCAAACCCGGCCGUGGUCACGAGUGCGAGUUCGCUGGACACGCCACCCGUGCGUCCCUCGCGACCUAACUUCCUUCAGGUGCCGCUCACCGUCACUCCCGCGCAGAUUCACAACAACAAAGCGUUGGGUAACAACAACAAAAUAGCCGGCAUCGAGAUCAGCACGCCGAGCAAUGGCAUCCCGUUCAACUUCGACAGUCUGAUGGAAGGCGGUACGGGGCUCACCCCCGUGCACCCGCACCCGCACCCGCACCCUCACCCCUGCGCGCAGCAGCAACGUGCCGCGCCCGACCUCGCCUCGCCCGACGCGCACAACAGCCUCGUGAGCCUCUGAGAUCACCUCUCCGCCGCCUGCCCCCUCUUCGAGCCGCUCGACCUGCUCAGCGAUCUCGAGCCGAGUCCCCUCUACUAGCAGUGCGGCCUUGACCGGGCCGUCGGCCGUCGCGCCCUCUGCCGCCAGGACAGCCGAGUUCAGAACUCGGCGCGCAACAGAGGCACAAUCUCUCGGAAGCAGUAUUAGGCAGCGGCGCGUGCCUCGUGCGCGGGCCCGCGUCAGACGCGGCCGGCGCACGGAACCUAGUUCGUAACGUGUAAAGACUACGCUAUUUAUUCUUCGUGACUUCGUUCUAUCUAUCGUUUCUAUCGUGCUAUCUUCGUCUCCCUCGGGCCCCCGCCGGCUAUUUUCUCUAUUUAUUGAGGGGGCCCACGUAACACACUUGCUCACUAUGUGCUUUGUAUUUAUAUUACUGAAUAUUUAAUUGUAGUCUAAUAUUAGAGCGUAUCGGCGCAGCGACGCCAGCCUACGAGAGUCAAUUGAUGAGCUGUUCUAGUAUUCUAAAGGAGAAUAUUUUUUAUAACUAGAUUGUAUAUCUGCGUAAAUAAUAAUUGUGAUGUAAAAAUAAAACAGAGUUUUAUUUGAAGCAUUUCAGUGAUUAAUUUUCGAGUUGUGCUUAAUAUCUAGCGAGGCUAGACUAGUAAUAUGUUAUAUUGUAAAAGAUCUCUUUUACGCGACGCCCGCGGGGUCCGGCACCGUCGAACCGAUCCACGACAUCUUGUCAUAAUAACCGAGUGCCAUUCGCUAUGUCUAUUCUCAAGAAUACAAUAACUUUGAGUACGAAAUAUUAGUUAACCAUAGACUAACAGCAAUAUUACUUAAUGAAUAAUUAAUAUAUUGAAUGUAAGUUAGCUCAAUAUCGAUGUAAUGUCAUACCGUUCAUUGGAUUAGGUACUGGUAGUGUAAAAUUAUUAAUAAGAAUUUUUGUGAUACGUCCAGUGAUUUGCGCUCCGAGUGGAGACGGUCAUUUUAUAUUGUGUAUUUAUACUCACGACCUCGUUUUAAGUCAAUUUUCGUCACAUUGGUGCAUCGAUGUCGGUUCUGAUUGCAUUUUUAUGUAACUUUUAUUAUUUAAAGUAAAAUCAUUGUCAUUAUCAUAAUAGUCGUC